GUCGCUCUUCUUUGCCCUCCUCACCGCUGCAGCGACAUGGAGCGUGUCCCAACCGACCCAGGAGACCUUUGCUCUACUUGACUACAAUCCCGCGGAGUUCCAUUCCGCCGAUACUCUGUUACCUCCUCAAUUUUCGUCGUAUAUGGACGAGAUCAGACAGAAUGGCACCAUACCCGGAAUUUCCGUCGGUGUUGUGCGUCUUGCGGAGAACAAAGAGCCCAUCAUCCAACUGGCCUCGUCUGGAAGGAAGACCGAGGAGGGAAACGGACUCGAUCUCUCUCCCGACACCCUGUUUUGCAUCGCGUCGUGCUCGAAAGCGUUCCUUGCGACUUCUAUCGGGUUGCUCAUGGAAGACUACGCUACCGCCAAAAACGUGACCCCUCUGCCUUCCGGUCUGGCGCGCUUCAACUGGGAUACGAAAGUGGUCGAUGUCGUCCCCGAAGAGCUGCAAUGGGGCUUGCAUGAUAUAGGGGGGGACGAUUGGGCCACACGCAAGGCGAGCAUCGCCGAUAUCCUGGGCCAUGUGAGUGGUCUCCCGAGGCACGACCACAGCUACAGACCUAGCGACGCCCUCGAAGACAUCGUGCGCCGUAUGCGUUUGCUCCGGACCUCGUAUGAGCUGCGCGAGAAGUUCUCGUAUAAUAACCAACUCUACAUGCUUGGGGCUUACCUCGUUUCGCACUACGCCAAUACGUCCUACCCUGACUUUGUCGAGGACCGCCUGUUCAGACCCCUCGGCAUGAGAACUUCCACCUUCUCUUACUCUGUUGCGAACACCUCGGGCCUCCUCACGGACUCUUGGACCGGAUUCGGUCGGCGGAUCCCAUUCUGGUUAGACGAUAGCGUACGCGAGUUCAAGGCAGGCGCGGGCGGCGUCAUCUCCAGCGCGCAGGACAUGGUCAAGUGGCUUGCGGUAUUAUUGAACGAAGGACAGGACCCGGCGACGAACAAGACGGUGAUCCCGAAGAGCGUGUUCGAUGCGGUCACGACUUCGCGAUGGAUAGUGUCUGGCAAGCCGGCCGGCCCUAUUCGCGACAGCAUCGUCGGCUACGGCAUGGGCUGGAUGCGGUCCAAUUAUGGGGACGUCGAGGUCGUGGAACAUACAGGCGGUAAUCCUGGCUUCUCCGCCCUCGUUGCCUUCCUGCCCAAACACAACCUCGGCGUCGUCAUCUUGAGCAAUGCGGACGAGAAAGCACCCUGGAACUUCAAGAUAUUCACGCGGAUACUGGACGAUGUUCUUGGCACCCGCAUGUCAAAGACACUUGUUGAGAGCUCGAAAACGGAGGUAGAGCAGCUGACCGCGACAAGCUACAAGUCGCCGUCCCUCAAGCUGGAGGACUACACUGGGCUGUACACCGCGCCAGGCUACCUCCCUAUCCGGCUCUGCUCCACGUCGAUCUAUUCCAAGUACUGCAGAGACAUCAUCUCCGACUUCGCCACUCUCCACAACGCGUCCACGUUAGAGAACACCCUCUACGCUACAUUCCCCAACGUUUGGGCAUCCCACGUCAGACUCGACCACUUCUCCGGGGACGUCUUCAACAUCACGUUCACGGCGCUGUUCCCGAGCGGCUACGGACAGAACACGACGGCAUUUGAGACCGCAGAGACCGGUGAGAGCGAGGGAUGGGUCGAGUUCAAGGUGGCAAAGGGCGAGGUGGAGGGCUUUUCGCUCGUGAUCGAUCACGCGGCUCAUGAGUCGAGGACGAGGAAGAUUGGAAGUGAGCUGACUGAGACGGGGGAUGCAUGGUUCGCGAAGGCUUAAGGAUAGGAUCCGGACAGUCUAGAAGAGAGCAAUGCGCCUAUCAUCAGCGAUGUGUACUAUACGGCCGUGCUCCACCGCUAUGCAUCGCAGGUGUGGCUCAAGGCUUCG